AUGUCAUUCCUCCCCUCCAUCCGUGCCUCCUCCCGCCAAGCUAUGCGGACCAACUUCGCCAUUCCAGCUGCCACAUUUCACUCUUCAGCAGCCCGGAGCUUGAAGGAGGAUGAUAGAAACCGCGAGGACCUCCCAAAUCACUACGAAUCCAAUAAGCAAGAAGGCCUCAAGAGCAACAAAGAGGGUAAAGGGUACUGGAACCCUGAGCUGGCUAGUAACAGCGAGGCCGGGGUCAAAGCGGAUCGCGGCGAACUAGAUGGUGAUGCCACUUUCGAGCAGAUGCAGGAGAAGACGAAACAUGUUGGGGGCCAGAAGGGCAAGCAAUAA